AUGCAGCCGCAGCUGCAGCAACAGCAACAGCAGCAUGUCUUGCUGCAGCAGCUGCAACAACAGCAGCAUGUCUUGCUGCAGCAGCUGCAGCAACAGCAACAGCAGUAUGUCUUGCUGCAGCAGCUGCAGCAACAGCAACAGCAACAUGUUUUGCUGCAGCAGCUGCAGCAACAGCAACAUGUUUUGCUGCAGCAGCUGCAGCAACAGCAGCAUGUUUUGCUGCAGCAGCUGCAGCAACAGCAGCAUGUCUUGCUGCAGCAGCUGCAGCAACAGCAACAUGUUUUGCUGCAGCAGCUGCAGCAACAGCAACAUGUUUUGCUGCAGCAGCACGUUUAG